GAAUUGCUAUCUUAGAUACUGAUUUUUCCAGCCUAAAAAUUGCAAAAGUUACUAAUUUUUAUUUUAUAAAUUCGAUAUCACUGAUCAAUUAUUAGCUUAAAAUAUCAUUUAUUCGUUAUUGUAAAUUAAUUUAUUAUAUACAUGAAUCGAAUAAGUGGUCGAUAAUAAAAUGAAAAAUUAGUAUACUAGAUACUGAUUUUUUACUCCCAAAAAUACUAAAAGUUUCUAACUGUUAUUUUAUAAAUUCUAUCCCAUUGACCAAUAAUUAAUAUAAAAUAUUAUUUAUUCGUAAGUAUAAAUUAAUUUAUUAUAUACAUAAAUCGAAUAAGUGGUAAAUAGUAAAAUGACAAAUUAGUAUACUAGAUACUGAUUUUUUGCUCAUAAAAAUACCGAAAAUUUGUAACUCUUAUUUUAUAAAUUCUAUCCCAUUGACCAAUAAUUAAUAUAAAAUAUUAUUUAUUCGUAAGUAUAAAUUAAUUUAUUAUAUACAUAAAUCGAAUAAGUGGUAAAUAGUAAAAUGACAAAUUAGUAUACUAGAUACUGAUUUUUUGCUCAUAAAAAUACCGAAAAUUUGUAACUCUUAUUUUAUAAAUUCUAUCCCAUUGACCAAUAAUUAAUAUAAAAUAUUAUUUAUUCGUAAGUAUAAAUUAAUUUAUUAUAUACAUAAAUCGAAUAAGUGGUAAAUAGUAAAAUGACAAAUUAGUAUACUAGAUACUGAUUUUUUGCUCAUAAAAAUACCGAAAAUUUGUAACUCUUAUUUUAUAAUUUCUAUCCCAUUGACCAAUAAUUAAUAUAAAAUAUUAUUUAUUCGUAAGUAUAAAUGAAUUUAUUAUAUACAUGAAUUGAAUAAGUGGUCAAUAGUAAGAUGAAAAAUUGGUAUACUAGAUACUGAUUUUUCUUUAACGCCACACGACCUCUACUUUAUGAAUGCGAUCGUCACUUGGAUCUGUUUGUGUUUACGGUUGGCGGUCUAUAAACAAAUAAGUAUCGAAGUAAUGCCAUUGUCCGAGUUCAACCCGGCAUAGAAGCGUCUAGCUGUAAGCUCCGGUCAAUCUUAAGUGUUUUAAGUUUUUUAAUCAAAUAUGGAUCCGGAAAAUGAUUUAAAAUUAUUACAAUCGUGGAAUUUAUCCCAUCUUUAUAAUAAUUUUGAAGCGGCAAACUUACAUCCUUUAUGGUUUUUAACAAAUGAGGACAAAAUACAUGAAGUCAUUACGAACCAGUCUGAUGCAUCUCAAUUCAAAAAAUGCUUAAAAGAUUAUCGAUCGCUUGUUUUACACCAUAAUGACAAUAAUAAUCAGCAUUAUUCUAAUUCUACUGAACAGAGUGAUGUUUUUCUGACAGCAUCAUCUGAGUUACCUCAGCCAGCAUACGGCGCGAUUUCAGUAGUUCCGUCAAUUGAUAAUAUUUAUCCUUUUGCUGGCAAUUCUGCUACUUUGAUGAAUGUAGAUUAUAACACAGAAAUACCAGCAUCUUUUCCUCAACCACUGAAUAAUAAUAGUUCUGAUCCAUAUCUAAAUGAGAUAGACUCAGAUGAAGGAGAAACAAUUACUGAAGAUGAUGUUGCUCAACUUAAUUUAGAAGAAUAUUUAAAAUCAAGCACAAAAGGCUGCGCGAUUUUAUUAGCGCUUAAAAAUGGAAGCCAAAGCUUACUAAAUACUCAUCGAAAUCAAUUAACACGAUUGAUAAUUGAUCGAGAAUUAGGAAUUGCUAAAGCAAAGUUCGGCAAUGAUCUAACGAUUUCUCAAUUUAAUAUAACAAAAAAAAAGUUUCUGAUUUAUACGAAAAGCAUCAAGAAUCUUUGUCCAACGGAAAGGAGAAAGUCAUAUUACGUUGGAUAUAAAAAAAUAGGAACAAUUAAAUGUUUACCUAAGGGUAAACUUUAUCGGCAUUUUGAAUUUCGGAAAAGUACUCUACGGAAAGAUGGUGUACUGAUAUCAAAACCACGAGCUAAUGAAAAUUUCACAUCAAAUGUGACAGAUGAGACUGAUUUGAAUACGUUAAAACUCCUUGAAGGAAAUUUUAAUACGUUUAAUGACGUAAAAGACUUAUGGUCGAAAUCAUUUUCCGAUCGAUCAAAGUUAUUAAAAUAUGACAGAGUAGAAAUUCAUGUGUAUAUGAACCGAUUCAAAGUUUUAAAAAGUCCUUUCGGUUAUGAAUUGCUUUCAAUUGAUUUCUCUAGACUAUUCCCUGGGAAAGAAGAUAAUUUUAAUAAAAAUUGGCCGCCCUUAAAAUUAAAAUUAAUCAAGCUAUUGACUGAAAAUAAAAAAAUAACAAAUCCUGAAGAUUUGGCACAUUUAGGUGCUUUAGAUGCUAUUAUUGGUGAACGUCAAGAUGCGAUCUUAUGCCAUUUACUGCCAUAUUUAGUUCCUGUGACUUAUGUUGAUAUUCCUGAGGAACAAAUAUUGGCAAGAUCUCAGGGACCAAAAAAAAGGAGAAUUACCAAAAGACGCGCUUCUUAUGAAGAAUCGAGAAACGAUCUUUUCAUUGUCACCCCAAACGUUGGUAGUGUUGAAUCACUAGUUAAUAAAAGGAAGGAAGAACUGAGUAGCCAACAUCGAUAUCUCCAGCCAGUACCAAUUUUUGUUGGAACAUUGAGAAACGUGGAAGAUGCUUAUGUCAUCUUAAAUGAUACAUUAUAUCAUGUAAAAAGUGUUGUAAACGCUAUAAGUCUGACGAUUCGAAUUUGUCACUCAUUAGAUUGUAGUUAUCCACCUGCUGCUAAGAAUCUAUGGUUAUUUUUACAAAACGCUGGAUUUGGGAUAUCAUUACCUAACGAUAAUUUGCCAACAGCUUUGGAAACGUUAAUUGGACAAGUAUCAAUUUAAAACAUAAUUACAAAUUUUUUUUAUAAUUUAGAAUUUCAUUACUAUUAUUUAAUUAAUUUAACUAUUAUUCAUUAUUAUUAUUAUUAUUAUUAUAAUUAUUUUAAAAUUAGAACUUAGUUUUGCAAAA